ACGAAUAGAUUAAAAAGAUUCGUCCCAAUCUAUUCGACGAGUCGGUUGACGGGACAAGCAUGUUUAAAUUUCGUAUGUGUUGGUUGAUGUUAUUUACACAAUUUGUGGACGUGCGACUGUCCGAAGACUUAAACGAUUAUUCUCGCGUCGUUGCGAUGCGAUAUUUGGCCGAUGGUUCUCAAUUACCGUUAUUGUCUGAUAGGACGGCGAAUUCGGUUAACAAUCAAAGACGACGCCGUAGGAAAAGCGUCUAUUCGGACUGGUCGGAUUGGAGUUUGUGUUCGGAUAGAUGUAUUACGGUCAGACAAAGACAUUGUCUAAGGUCGAAAAUUUGUGGAUCGAACGUCGUUACCGAAUCAUCGUAUUGUUUUGUGACUGGUUCGAGAUGCCUGGGGCUCGUGACGAAUUACUACAAACAGCUCAACUCAAGUUUCUUGAACAAAGGUGAUGGGUAUGGCGUGUCUAUGAAUUUUACAUGUGGUGUUAAUGUUGCUUCCACUACUAAUCCCAGUUACAAGACUCCUAGGUUUUUAGUUAAAAUAAUGGGAGGUCAAGAAUCUGAGAAAUUCCAUUGGCCUUGGCAAGUUGCGGUGUUAAAUGGAUUUCUGGAUAUAAUUUGUGGUGGUACCCUCAUAGCUCCUGGCUGGGUGCUCACAGCUGCACAUUGUUCUAGACAAAAAUUAUUCGUGAUGUUAAAGGAAUAUGAUUUAUCGGUGUAUGAAGGCGAUGAAAUCAGAUUAAAGGUUGAACGUAUAAUAAUACAUCCCAAAUACAAUCCAAAUACAAUUGAUAAUGAUAUGGCUUUGUUAAAAUUACGUACCUUAGAUUCAGUAAUAGAUGGUGGAUUAAACUUACAGCCAGCUUGUCUUCCGGCUUCUGGUUUCGAACGAUGGAAACGGAAGCCUAAAAUGUGCGUAGUUAUUGGAUGGGGAAAAGUGAAAUCGCAAGAUUCUUAUGGAUCUAAAAUACUUCGAGAAGCUAGGGUUCCGAUCGUUGGUCAGCGGACGUGUCGAGCUGCGUACUGGCGUUAUCAGAUCACUGACAAUAUGUUUUGCGCGGGGUACAGGGACGGUCGGUCAGAUACGUGUUCGGGCGACUCGGGCGGGCCACUAUUGUGCAACAUCCGUGGCCGGUGGACUGUGGUGGGUGUUACGAGUUUUGGCUAUGGCUGUGGCCGGCACAGCAAGUACGGGAUAUACGCCAAUGUGGCCAAUCACGUGCGGUGGAUCACGUCCGUGAUAAAGACGUCCGGUUAUCAGUGACCCGAUGACGACUUCCAAAGGAAGUGUUUGAAACAAUCUCUCAUGAUAGUUACCUACCUGUCAUUGUUCAUCUAUAUUUUAUUGUCUGUAAUAAUAUCAAUGAUGUUUUUUAUCAAAAAAAAAAAAAAAUAUAUUUUAUACAUUAUAUAAUAUAAUGUAUAUUGUAUGAACAAUGGUUGAACGAGAUACCAUUAAAAUAUAAUUUUGAUUAUAAAACAGUCUAUAUUACUUUUGAAAUUGAAUUCAAGCAUUUUUCCAAGCAUUUAAGAAUUUUACAGACAUUUAAAUCAUCAUGCUAUUUACAUUGUUUUAAGACAGUUAAGUAGCUUAGUAUUUGUUUAGAAUAAUAUUGUACUGUUCUACUUAAGGUUUUAGAAGGAUUAGAGUAUAGGCAAAUACAUAUACACUAACACUAAAGUGAUCCAUAAGACACUCAUUAUAACAGAAAACACGUUUUUGAAAAUAUUUCUUUUACAUAAUUUUUAGUUUUUACAAAUCAACAAAAUUAUUACAAACAAAACAACAAUCUUUAUAAACCAUAAAAAUUGUAUAAUAUACUUAUGUUAAGAAAAGUGUUGUUUUUUAAUGAGUUAAAAUUAUUAAAUACAAAUUAUUAAAUUAUUAAAAAACUUUGAUAUUUUUUGAAAUCAUGAGUGUCUUAAUAUGUUAAAUGUAUCAUCCGAUAUACUAUGAAAUUUUAUUAUUUUACUGAACUUUGAUAAAUAAUUUAGAAUAUAAAAAUUAUUUGACAUAAAAUUACUAAGAUAAUUUCGCUCUAUUUGAUUCGGACAUUAUGAAAUCACCUUGGUUAAAUAAUACAAUAUUAUUAAAAUGAUUAUUAGUAGAUUAUCAUGACUCAUGAUAGACAGUGUAUGGUAUAACUUUAGUAAAAAUGUUCCCUUAUCUAUAAAUUCAGAUGUAUAAUUUCAAUUGUUGUGCUAAAACAGUUACGUGGUAGCCUUUAUCAAUAGAACGAAUAAUGGUUUUUAAUAAGACAUAAAUUAGUAUAAAAAAAGAUA